CUUUUGCACACAGAAACUCUACUGCAAACAUGGGCUUCACCGAUUUCAUCUCCGACGCGGGCCUCACCCUCUUGAACAACUGGGUCAGGACUCGCAGCUACGUCGUUGGCUACACUCCAUCGCAGGCCGAUGUGAAGGUCUUCCAGCAGCUCAAGGAGGCUCCUGCCGCCGAGAAGUUCCCAUACGCCGCGCGCUGGUACAGCCACGUCGCCACCUUCGAGAGCGAGUUCAGCGCUCUCCCUGGUGACCCCACCAAGGAGUACACUGCCUACGGCCCCGAGUCCUCUGACUUGACCGUCAACCCCGCCAAGGCCCCCGAGAAGGAGGCUGAGAAGGGUGCUGAGAAGGAGGUUGCGGCUGAGGAUGACGAUGACGAGGUCGACCUGUUCGGCAGUGACGACGAGGAGGAGGAUGCCGAGGCCGAGAGGGUGAAGCAGGAGCGUCUGGCCGAGUACAACAAAAAGAAGGCUGGCAAGGUAAAGCCCGCUGCCAAGUCUAUCGUCACUCUGGACGUUAAGCCAUGGGAUGACGAGACAAACAUGGACGAGCUUAAGGCCAACGUUCUUUCCAUUGAGAAAGACGGUCUUGUCUGGGGUGGCUCCAAGUUGGUCGCUGUCGGUUUCGGUAUCAAGAAGCUGCAGAUCAACUUGGUCAUCGAGGACGACAAGGUCUCUCUUGACGAGCUGCAGCAGCAGAUCGAGGAGUUCGAGGACCACGUCCAGUCCACCGACGUUGUUGCCAUGCAGAAGUUGUAGACGUUGGUCUACCGACACUCUUUACGAGGUUCCCGCACGUUGACGGCGGCGAGUCUUAUGAUUAUGAUAUGAUGAACGGGGCAUGAUGUGGUAACGUUUGACGUCUUCAUGAGCUUCCGCUAGACGAAAAUAACGACACAGUGGCCCUGCCACCUUCCUAUAUGGAACUGAUGACCCUAAAAUCCUUCCAAACUGUGCAUCUGCUGUAUACUCGCUUGAUUCCGAUCGCAUUCUGCAUCGACGACUAGCAAAGGUGAGGUUGACAUCAAUGGAAAUGGUAAGGUCAUAGGUCUCUUUCAUCGUGUCCCAUUAUAUAUAUCUCAUGAAGCGUGGUAUCUCGUACACCUUCUGUCCAUAGCAAAUAUCAACUCAGCAUGAAGCAUAUCACUA